AUGUUUUCUACCUACAAAGAACUUCAGCAUCAUUUAGAUGCGAAACGCCAUCUCUUUGUGGAGGAGCAAGACACUGCGUACGAUGUCAUCAAGAAAAAGUGGGCCAGCAGCUUAUCAAACGUAAGCUUACAGAAACAGCGCACUUUUCCAUCAAUGCAGCCUGGUUAUGAAAGCGUUUUGGAUUGCCAAGAAGCAGUUGAGGGAUGGGCGCUUAAGACCGUCCAAAAGUCAAGCCGCAUGUCUGAAGACGUUAGAAACUACGUAAUCCAAAGGUUCAAUGAUGGAGCAAAGACAGGCAACAAAGCAGAUCCAAAACAGGUUGAACAUGAAAAGAAACACGUAAGAAACACAACUGGUGGCUUAUUAUUCCAACCUCAUGAGUGGCGUACCUCAAAGCGGAUUGUAAGUUUUUUUUCUCAAAUCUCUCAAAGUCUCAGCGUGCAAAGAACAUUGAUGAAGGAAACCAUUGUAUUGAAACUGAGGAUGAGGAGCCAAACAUCCAGGACAAAAACUUGCAACUGCUGCAGCUUGUCAUAG